AUGUGAAAUCGAGGAAGGAAGCGUGCGGCGGACUGGAGUGAGAGUACCGUAGUAUUUUUUUUCACAAUGGUGGCCCCGUGUGUUCAGGUUCAGUGAGGGGCCCAGACUUGCUGGUUCACUUGCUGUCAGAGUAUCACAAAAUGCAACGUCCCCAUUUGUUAUCUCUUACGAGGACGUACUGCUCUCCGGCCUCCAAAAAGUCCGAAGCAGCCAACACAAUGGACACCGCUAAAGUUUUUCUUUGCCGCCUCUCUGGAGCGGGAAAGGAUUGGGGAAGACGCUCCACGCAGCGAAUCUCUGCAGCUACACAAAGGUGGUGGGACAAAUACGAGGAAUUUGUUGGCAUUAAUGAAGUCCGAGAAGCCCAGGGAAAAGUGGCAGAGGCCGAAAAACAGUUUAUGUUUGCGCGAGGGAUUGUACGAGAAACCCGUGAAACUUGGGAGGCCCAGCAGCUCAAACUGAAAGAAAUUCGGGACCGUUUGGACAGAGUUUCACGUGAGGAUGCUCAGUACCUGGAACUGGCAACUUUGGAGCACAAGUUAUUGCAGGAAGAGAAAAGAUACCGGAUCACCUACCUAACAGCCGAGGAAUCUGAGCGGGAAGCCUUCUCUCUCUUCUCUGCGGCUGUGCGGGAAAGCCAUGAAAAAGAGAGAACGAGAGCUGAGAAGACGAAGAACUGGUCCAUCAUUGGCUCCGUGGUGGGGGCUGUGAUUGGGGUCUUGGGUUCCACUUAUAUCAACCGAGUGAGGCUGCAGGAAUUAAAAGCCUUAGUUUUCGAAGCCCAGAAGGGACCUGUGAGCCUCCAGGAAGCCAUCCGAGAGCAAGCCACUGCCUAUAACACCCAACAGCAGGACCUCAGUGACCUCGUGGCCCGUCUGAGGAACAUCCUGCAACUUGCAACGGUGACAUCGCAGGAAGGCGAAGGGGCUUCCUUGACCAAAGACGGCCUGAGCACAUCACUAAAAAUAGACCCUCUGUUAGUUUCUGUUAAGGAGCAGCUGGUCUACUCUAAACAGAUUAGGUCAUUCCUGGGAAGCUUGCAAGAGCAGCUUAGUAAUUUGGAAAAAAACUUAGGGCAGAUGGCCAGCGAAGUGCAGAACAUUAAAUUUGUGCCCCGGCCCCUACCUGGGGAAAGGGACUUGCUUGGCCCUCCUCCAGAGGCGAAGAGCCAGGCUUUAGAGGCAGAAGAGCUGGUCCUUGAGCUGUGCAACACCGAGAGGAGGUUGGAAGCCCAAAUGAGGAAGAACUCCAUCUACAGCACAGCCUUCACGUGUACCAUACUGGCUGUCGCAUUUCCCAUGCUCUAUAUACUAUUCAAGGGAAACUAGCUGGCGGUUCAGCCCCCCUCCCCAAAGUCUUAAAGAAUAAUAAAAUGGUGUUUCUUAAACA